UCUCCUCUUCCUUCUCUCUUUCUUUCUUUCUCUCUCUCUCUCUCCUCCUCCUCCUCCUUCUCCCUCUCUCCCCCCGCGGCUUUUCUCGGUCGACCGGUCGACUGGCUUCUCAAGGGGGCGUGCUUGCUCACAUACAACAAUGAGCGAACGCGAAACUAUCUAAGCACGAGGCACAAACGAAUCGUUCCUGUGGCUCGUGUGUGGCCCGGCCGGCCACUUCGCGCGCCGUCUUCGCCGCCAAUCGAAUCCCAGCCUUUCUCUGUGUCUUCUGUCGGCGACUCCGGAGAAUAAGGCGACAGCCCGCUUUUGCGCUGCCGCAGAAAGAGAGAGCGAGAACACUCGGACGCGCGCGAUAUCGCGCAGGAUCGUGUUUCGUCGUUCCGUGGUGCGUGCUCGCCUCACCUACUAUAGAACAAUCCGAUGAAGUACGGAGGCGAGGAAUAGACACAUUGGCACAUAGUUAAACCGAGCUUCUCAAACGAUGUACCAUGGCUUCGUCUUUAGGGGGGCCAGGAAUGACAUCGGGCGUCCCGUCGCCGCGAAUAGUCAACCUGGAAUUUCCCCCACCUCCUCCUUACCCACCUCCUCAGAGGUCACGCACCACGUUGAUGGAACCAAUGUCGCCGGUGGUAUCGCCAAUCACGAACCCUCACCAACAUCAUCCUCUUCUGGAUUACUCGUACGCUUAUUAUCAGCCUGACGCCGGUCAUUUUCAUGCCGCGUAUUCGACGGAGGUACUCUCGCAGCAGCAGCAGCAGCAACAACAACAACAACAACAGCAGCAGCACCAACAACAACAGCAGCAGCAGCAGUUACAACGACAACCGCAACAACAGUCGCAGCAAAUCAGAUCCGAUCCUUUGAAGAGGCACACUUACACAACCUGUUACGGCACGGAGGAAAACAUUUACGAGGAAAUAUCGGAAAUCAGCAAACAAUGUCACCGUGCUGCGUUACGCGGCUCGCGAAGAUCGCUCGUAGCGGAGGAGGUGCGUCGUGUGCAGUCGCGACAUCGACGUGUGCUUGGGGAGCUCAAUUUGAGCGUCGAGGCGAUGCUGAUGCCGUCCGUGGUCGACAAUAACGAGGAGCAAGUGCCACAGGAAGUCCACGGCACUUCCACCGAGGAAUUAUUGCCUUCGGUCGGCCCUGCCGACGAUCUCCUCUCGCGCGUCGGAUGUGACAUGGACAGUGGCUUCAGCGGUAGCUCCAGCGCGAGUUACAGGUCGGUCUUGGGAUCGCUGAGAAGAGGAACGGGGAAAGGCGGUUGUCCGGAAUCGAGUAUCGUUCAGCGUAAAACGAAGGCUGCUAUGAUAUGGAAGAAAGGCUGGAAAGGUUGGAAGAAACUUCAUGCUUUGGGGCACAGCAGCAGUAAUAAGACCACCGACGAGCCUCGUUCAAGGUGCAAAUCGUGGGAUGACGUAGGACCGGGCAAGAUGGAAACGGCCGGUGGACACUCGCAGGCGCAUCGUCACUCCUCCCUGGAGACGAGCAGGUCCAAUACGUCCACGCAGUCAGCCAGAAGCGAAGACUCCUGGUGCUCGGCGUCGGACCACGAGAUCUCGUCGGACGAUGAAAGCGAGAAGAGCAAUAUCAGUAUUAAAAGCAACUGUCAAUUAAGGAACACAUUGCACAAGGCGCGCACACUGUGCGACAAGUGGCGCUUCCAGCACUUGCCCCUGAACAAUGUGGAUCCCUUGGAGUCGCCGAGUAAUCACGGACGCCUCUCGAGAUGGUUCAGCAUCCGCAGGGGGUCGUCGCAUCAUUACGACGUGGACUCCACGGACACGGUGUCCCUGACCAGCCCUAUCAAAACGCCGCAGAUGCCGCAGCUUUGCGAAGUCGAUGAGGAGAACAGCGCGAUGGUGCAGUUCCAGUGCAUGCAGCAACGAAGGCAAGCUCCACCGACGCUCCCAUCGGCACCCCCGAACUUGUCGCCCCAGCAGUUGAAGCGCAGGCAUAUCGUCGCAGCGAUAGUGCACUCGGAAAAUAGUUACGUGUCCACCUUACAGAGACUAGUCAACGACUACAAGAAGCCGUUGGAGGAGUCUUCGCCGCCUAUAUUGAGCCAAUCCAAGAUAGCGACGUUGUUUCACCGGCUACCCGAGAUCCUACAAUGCCACACGUUGUUCAGAAUCGCCCUGGCGGAAUGCGUACGAUCCUGGGACAAAGACGAGAAGCUGGGGGACGUGUUCGUCGCGAGUUUCAGCAAAGCCAUCGUGCUUGACAUUUACAGCGGCUUUAUAAACAACUUCUCCGUGGCGAUGGAUCUGGCUAAGCAGGAGUCGAAGAGGAAGACCGCCCUCGCUGACUUCUUCAAGGUGAAGCAAUUGAGCGCGCACGACAGAUUAUCUUUCUUCGGACUGAUGGUUAAACCGGUGCAGAGGUUUCCGCAAUUCAUAUUGUUUUUGCAAGACUUGCUGAAGCACACGCCUCAUGGACACCACGACAGGAUGUCGCUGCAGUUGGCGUUAACGCAGCUGGAAAGCCUGGCGGAAAUGCUGAACGAGAGGAAACGAGAAGCGGAACAGUUUCAGGCGUUCAAAGAGAUGCUGCGACACGUUUCCGGAAAGUUAUCGCACCGUCCCCUCUCCUCGACGUCGCGUUAUCUCAUUCGAGAGGAUAACGUCACACAACUGGAGUUCAAUCAAAACGGCAUGAUAACGAAAUCGAAGAGAAGAAGGCUAUUAUUACUGAACGAUUUGGUGGUGUGCGUUUCUGUCACACCAAGAUCCACGGAGGACUUUUCGGGAAACGAACGAUUAACGCUGAAAUGGACAUACCCGGUAUCCGACAUUGAGAUUCAAGAUACCAGUACUUCUCCGACUUUGAGUCGAUUGCUCACAGCUGGUCUAAAUAAGGGCGGCAGCUUGAAAUCGGACAAAAGCGGAGAAUGCGGGCAAGCGGCCGAUGCGGAUAGUCUUUGCGUAGAGAUGAACGAUCUUAUGCACGACUACGAGGUGAUGUCCAGAAUAAGCGAUUUGGUGGUCCAGUUGAAGGGUAAAUACGAGGGGAUGACGCUGCAGACCACUAAGCAGAUUCUACAGUCGAUACAGAUGUUGAUACAACAAAAGGACGAAGAUAUGGUGUGGGCGGACAGUUGUUGCAUGCAACUGGUCACGAAGCAGGGUCAGAUGUAUACGUUCCAGACGGAGAGUCCGUUGGUGAAGAAGGACUGGAUAACCGAGCUCCGAUUGGCGCAGUUAGCCUUGGACCCCAACAAUUCCCCGUCGUGGGAAGUACCUGAGCAAGAGCAAAGGCCAUCCACGAAGAUGCCACUGUUCGUCAGUUCACAGGCUGUGUAUCACUCGCAACAUCAGACCGAAGUACGUUGCGGUUGUUACUACACCACUGAGAACCCGCGUCCCACGAGGCGACGCGGCAGAAGUCAGAAUUACCUGUGGAUAUGCACGGGUGACGGCAUAUCCAGUCACGUGACGAUCUUCGGCCAAUCUACCACGGCCUCGGCCACCUGUCUCAAGCGCAUUACCACGUUCGACCUGGUCGAGACCCGGGUGAGUAGUAUCGAGUUCGUCAAGGGCAUCGUAUCCGGCGGCGAGCUCGCCACUCUCGCGAACGAUCUCGUGUGGAUGGGCACGGACUCGCGGAAGAUCAUCAUCUACGCCGCGUCGGAGCCCGAGAAGGAGGAGGAGAUCGGUAGUUAUCCCGUGCCGGGGCCGGUGGUGGAGAUCAAGUAUCAUUGCGACAACGUGUUCGUGGCUCUGGGUACGGGCCUGCUGCUUCUGUUCAAACGUCAAGUCGACGGCGCGUGGAACCUCAAGGACCCCUUCGUCAUCUCCCUCGGCAACGACCCGGUCUCCUGCCUGAUGCCGAUCAACACGUCCAUUUACGCCGCCUGCGGCAAGAAAGUAUGGGUACUUAACGCGACCUCGGGCGACAUCACCAAGAGCUUCAGCGCCCAGCACGAGCACGUGGGUAACGUCAAGCUGAUGGCUCACUCCGGGGUCGGUCUCUGGGUCGCUCUGAAGAACUCGAGCACGGUCUGCCUUUAUCACACGGAGACGUUCAAGCACCUGCAGGACAUCAACAUAGCGUCCAACGUGCUGAGAGUGACCAAGACGAACAAUUCCCCGAGCUCGGCCAGCAACACCAACUUCGCCGUCAACAGUCAGACCACGGUGACCGUGACGGCGCUGUUGGCGUGCAAGGGUCUCCUCUGGGUCGGCACCAACGUCGGCAUCAGCCUGACCAUUCCGCUACCGCGACUGGAGGGGGUGCCCAUCAUCAGCGGCCGCGUCAAUAUUUCGUAUCACGCGCACUUCGGGCCGAUCACCUUCCUCCUGGCGAUACAGAACACAAAGAACACUGUGUACUCCGCGAAAGAACGCGCCCAUGACGACGAGAACGCGCAACUGAAGGCCAGGGAGGCCGAGCAGAGGCUGCGGGACCGGGCGAGCGUGGACUCCUCCGUCUGCAGCAACCUCGUGAAGCUGAAGCAGCAGUUGGCGGGGAGCCCGGUGAUGCUGAGGAGGAAGCGGAGCAAGGAGUACGAGUACAGGGGCUCCAAGACCCUACCGAGGGGGCUGGGCGCCGGCUGCGGUUUCCUCUCGAGCUCCAUGUCCAGCUCGCAGAGCUCCGGCGAGAACUGCGACGUCUACGGGCUCUACGGCGAGCUGAUGUACGUGAAGGACUACGAGAACGAGAACAGCUCGGGCAUCGACCCGGUUUACGAGACCCUGAGGAGAAGCGAUCCGGAAUUGGCGGCCAUACCGAACAAAGUGUGCACCUUGGAUCGCAGGCUGAAGCUGAAGAUCACGAGGCCGAGGUCGCUGGAUCUCUCCAACUGGUCGGUCGACUCUCACGGCUCCUUGUACACGUCCUCCGGCUCGGAGGAGAACCUGUCCCUGAAGACCGGCCGACUGUCGCGCAACAGCAGCACAGCUAGUCGAAACGGCCCGUACGACUUGCCGGCGGCCAACAGUAGCGGCGUGACGCAGCCGGAAUUGGAGACGACGACGGCGCCCGCGGGCAACGUCAAGGCGAACGGCAAGAAGACCAACGGCAAGGCGACGCAACAGGUGGACCAGCCGAAGCGGACGGUGCUGACUCUGAUGGGCGGACGCGGCUACAUCAAUUGGCGGCAGCUGAACGCCCAGCUCGGCCUCGACAAGAGCCCCAAGUCCAGCUACGUGUUCAAGGAUCCCAACAGCAACGACGCCCACAUCGUCCUCUGGGAGAUGAAGUUAUGAUAUUCGAUCGCGCUAGGCCUGUCGUUGCACGUCCACGCGGGAGACGGAAUCUCGACGUCGACGUCUUGUGUAUAUUGUUGUUGUUGUUGUAGUGCCGGAGAAUAGGACCAAAUCAGUACCCCCCUCCCCUACUCUCUCUCCUCUCUCUCUUUCUCUCUCUCUCUCUCUCUCUCUCUCUCACAUUGGAGCGUCGCGUUAGGCAAGAUCAUUGGCAAUUUUGUUCUAACACUUUGCGUGCCGCACGAAGCUGCCGCGCUGCCUGACUCGAGCAAGCUUGGGAAUUUGAGGCUCAGACUUGUCGGUUACGAAUGAAUUAUUCACGAUAACGAUGUUAUAACCGCGAUAUCGCACAUCGGAGGUUUUUUUAGCGGUUACUGAGCCCGCGACGACUCGUGUGCAGCCGCACACUUUCGGUUGCGAAUCAGUGCCAGUGUAAGAGGAACUUUGGUCGAUGAGUGUUCGUGACAUCAAUGUCCCCGCAUCGUGGCAUCGUGUUGCGUCGGCGGCUUGCGACGUCCAAAUUCGCGGCGAUAUCGUUAAGUGUGGUCGGCGGACCGCAAAGUGUUGGUCCGGGUCUGCAAUAGGCGGUGAACCUUGAACUUGUUUUGCCUCCGAGCGAUAAAAUGUAACGCGACUCCCGACAGAAAGCGUUUCCCGCGUCGGCACGAGUUGUAAUGACGCUUAAAUCUGAGGAAUCGCGACGUCUGACGACACCGGAGACGCUCUUUGCCGGAAAUCACCUUUGCAGUUUAGCGCUCGAAGCAAAAGACUCGAGGUUUGCCACGCUCAUCGUAGGUCCGCCCGUCGAGAGUUCGUCAGAUCGUCGGCUUCGAUCACGUCGAGUCGUGAUGUCACAGAGCGAAUACUUCGCGUUUCCUCGUUCGCACGCGAUACAUUACGUUAGUAUAAGUCGAUUUAUCAUGGACAGGAGCCGCUCGUACGUGAAAAGUAUUACUAAUGUCAUCGCAGACGGGCGUCGGGCCCGUAUUGAUAGUCAUUACUUGAAGCUUGCGCUCACGUGAGAUAGCCGGAAUUUACGGUUGCACCCGAGUUUCUCGGUCGAAUCGUGCAAUAUAUAUAUACAUAUAUACAAGUGACGUAUUCGUAAUCGAGAUCCAACCGAGAAAGUCCCACCCAACUCGCGAAAUUGCGAUCCAAGUAUCUCACUCGAGGCAAGUAACGACCGUUAAUACGUUAGGCCUUCGGCUAUUAAAUCGUCCCUCACGAUUGUCCGAUCGUUUGACUUUGGGUUACCGUCUAACCAGGCCUCUUUUUUUUCUAACGAGCAAGUUUUCCAAGAAGACCUAAAUACUUAUUCGAUCGUAACAGACCGAAGUACGUGGAUCGUCGGAACGCACAAGAUUAAUAUUCAAGCAUCGGACACGCUCUUCCUGUGUUUUCCAUUGCACACGGGGAUCGCUUCGAAUCACGCGGCGUAAUCGCUUCCACGGAAACACGGGGGUCGUCGCAAAAUUCAUAUCUGCUCUCCGAGUGUUUUACGUGAAUCUCGUGAAAUAAUGUACGAUGAGACGCGCGACAGACGUAGCGAAGAGAAACGCGCACGUUGGGAGGGAACGGAAUUACGCUUGAAAGAAUCCGCGCGUGCGAGAAUACCGUCCCGUGUGUUCGUCGUAGGAGCCGCUCGGAAGUACACAAGACGCGUCUCUUUUAUCCGGUUGUCGAGACAAUAAAUGCAAAUCGUGACUCACACGGCCGAGGUGAAAAGCGGCGGCACGGAUUUCUAAAAACUGUCUCAAUGCAGACAUCCGAAAGACGUCUUAGAUCUUUCAGACGCCUCUCAGAAAUCUGUGUUGCCCGGGGUGGCGGUUCAGCUGCGGAUUAUGCGCUCUCGCACACGCGGAAAUAUUCACCGGAUAUAUGCAUGCAUCUGCGUUGAAGAUUUUUUUCCUUUUUACUACAUUGUUACGGACGAUUGUUGUUUCGGCGGUGUAACGUUGUUAUAUACGCGCAACGAUCGCGCGUGCAACGGAAAUCGGCCGAGACCGGUUUUUACGUUAAUACAUGAGUAUGUAUGUAUAUACGAGUGCGGGCGGUAUUACUUGUUUUAGAACGCGUACGCAUUAUUGAUUUCGGUUUUAAGGGACGAUAUCGCUCGUCACGCCGAUCGGGAUUCGACAGGAGUGCGAUUGUUUUUCGCCGGUGCAACAAUAUCCGUCGCCGUUUUUCCGAUUGCAACCGCUUGUUAACGUUUUUUUUUUCCACACUGCGCAUUUAACUCAAUGGACGCGUUUGAUAGGAAAGAGGAUACGGAUAACGUUUUCAUUCGCACGAGAGAGACGACGCGCGUGCACGCACGCGUUGCACGCGCUCACUUGGUGCCUGUGAUAAAUACAAGCUCCAUGCGCGCACGUGAUAUAGAAGACAAUAUGACGCAGCUGCGUUGUUCGCAGCAUGUGAGGAAUAUCAAUUUACGAGCCCCGUUGGCGGGACUACGACGGUAAUUGAAGGCACUUAUUGCCGACUUGGUUCCGGUCGCAAGAUCGGAUCUUGAAAUCUCGAACUCCGAAAGUCUUCCUGAGAUAUAUAUCGACCGGAUAGAGAACCCCUUCGCGAUCUUUCAAUUCGUCACGACUUGAUGCAGUGCAAUGCUCAUGUGUUUUCAUUUAACAGUCGAUGGAUUCUUACGAUGAUUUAUCAAGAUUUAAAGAAAAAAAAUAACUCGAGCUUUUCUCCCUUGCCGCUUGGUUACGGAUAUCCCUUUUGCGAUUACGGAGAUAACUACGCGGUAAUUACGUAAUUCACACGUUGGGGAUAACAGUUUACGAGGAAUGGUUUAAUCGAAUGGUUUAAUCAAAGUUUUUUUCUAUUAAAAAAUGGAAAAAGAAGAGAUAAGAAAUUGAUCUUCCCGAUCUUUUUUCAUUCUGAGAGUACUCGUUCGUCGACGAUAAUACGGACGCGAUUAAACGCGAACGGAGAAUAUUUAUGUGUUACGAAACGUUAUUCAUUGGAUGGCAUUGUCUGUUUAUGCUCUUGUGAUAAUUAUUGAGAAAAAAAAUUUAUAUAAUUUCAGUUAUACAAUGAAAGAAGUAUAUCUAAUUUUUUAUAAGAUGCUGUCGAGUUUUUGAUACUGAUACGAUCGAGUGUUCGAUAAAAUGUUGGUCUACAAAUGAGUGAGAGCGAGCGAGUGAGCAAGCGAGCGAGCGAAUGAUUGACUGAAUGAAUGUGCGUGCGAGUGUGCGAGUGAAUGAGCGCGUUCACAUAUAUUGCAGAAGUAAUAAUAGUGUAUGUAUUAUGAAAUCUCGUUGAAUAGAUCUAUAUUUUGUACACUAACUUUGUUUAAAUACAUAGUUUUAUUUUGUA